CACUACCGAGGUUUGGAAAUUAAGCCAAAAAUCACUAUCACGCAUUUUUGGGCGGCCAUACGUUAACCAUAGCACACACUCAUACAUACAGCUGUCGGCCAUGCCAGCGACGCAAGUAGGGGGAUCAUCCUCAUCAUUAUCGUCCUCCUCCAGAUUCCAGAAUGAACCCAAUGCUACUGUCCCACCUGCCGUCGCUGCGGCUACCUCCUCUACCCUCCCUGCGAAAUUGGCAAAGAACAAGCGUCUGCCAGCGACCAUGAUCACACCUCAAGGUCAGGUCGUACCGUCCUCCAAGAAACACGCUGGGAACGUAUCGAAGAAGAAGAAGCGGAGAGUGGAAGAGGGUAAAGAAAAGGCGUUGGAGAGGAGUGGCAAGUUGGAGGAGAAGGUAAAGAUUAGAGAAGAGAAGAGGACACAACUGACAGCUGACCGCAGGCGAAACGAGAGAGAGCGAAGAAAGCUUGGGAGUGAAGUACGAUCCUUUUUGUAGCAUAUCACGAUGAUUUGACGACCUUUGCACGAAUAUCACACUAUUUGCCCAUCCCGCGAAACGACCAUGCGUCACCCAGCA